AACAGAUUAGGAACUCUGUGUUCCCAGAUGCCUGUGAGCCUGUGCUUUGAGAUGACUGUCAGCAGGCAGUGCAGUUGGAGCUGGUGUUUCCUUUGGGGGCCCAAGCUGUUACUUGAAGGAGGUGGAGAUUUUCAAUCCCACCCAGUCAAAAUGCUCUGCUGCCUUUCAGACAGACUCUGAGGUGAAAAAAAAAACUAACUCUCCACAGGAAAACCCUGAGACACAAUAUUCAGCACCUCACAGCAGACAUACAAACCAAGUGGGAUACUUCUAUACUUUGAUACUCUGUUAAUUACUCUUGUGAUGUGAUACAGAUGUCUGGGGGCCUAAGUGAAACUUCAUUAGAUGGUUCCAAGGGGAAAAGAACAUUUUACGAACGGUCAUUUUACCAGAGGACUUUGAAUUCCCAUUGGGUCACUCUUCAUUAACAAGGAUGGAAUCUAAGUUCAGCGUGUUGUUUGUGGCUAUCUGUGCUGUGGGUUUUGGAACAUGUCAGGCAGAUGUUGCCAAUGUGUCUUCAGGAGCCGCCAAGGUGGAGAACUUUCUGUUGACCGCUCUUCCGCCGAGCUCCCAGAGCCCCAACGCAGCCCCUUUCAGUAACUGUUCUACAAUAUUACAAAAGUGGAAUGACAGUGUUCCCAGAAGACCGCCCAUGUGCAGUUCACAAACCAAAAUCCAAGGUUAUUUCCAGUACAUCACCACUGUGAUAUCUUGCUGCAUUUUUGUCAUUGGCAUGGUUGGGAAUGCCACCCUUCUAAGGAUUAUCUACCAGAACAAAUGCAUGAGGAAUGGGCCCAAUGCACUGAUUGCCAGCCUGGCACUAGGGGAUCUUAUCUACAUUGCCAUUGACAUCCCCAUCCAUGUCUAUAAGAUUUUGGCACACCGGUGGCCUUUUGAUGACUCUCCAAUGGGCCUUUUCCUCUGCAAACUGUUCCCCUUCCUCCAGAAGGCCUCAGUGGGGAUCACUGGCUUAAACCUAUGUGCCCUCAGUGUUGACAGGUACAGGGCUGUGGCCUCAUGGAGUCGAGUCCAGGGAGCUGGGAUUCCACUGCGGACAGCUAUAGAAAUCAUCUCCAUAUGGGUCAUAUCAAUCACCCUGGCUGUGCCUGAGGCUAUCGUCUUUGACAUGGUCCACUUUGAAUACAAAAACAUGUCAAUCUCAACUUGCAUGCUGAGCCCAAAAUCCACUCUAAUGAUGACCUAUGUGAACGUGAAGGACUGGUGGCUCUUUGGAUUCUACUUUUGUGUGCCUCUGGCCUGCACAGCCUUUUUCUACACUCUCAUGACGUGUGAGAUGCUGAACCACAGGAAUGGGAGUCUGAGAAUCGUCCUGAGCGAACAUCUCAAACAGAGGCGUGAAGUGGCCAAAGCCGUAUUUUGCCUAGUUCUUAUUUUUGCACUUUGCUGGCUCCCACUGCACAUAAGCAGGAUAUUAAAAAAAACAGUGUACAUUGACACUGACAAAGGACGAUGUGACCUGCUGAACUUUCUAUUGAUACUCGACUAUGCUGGCAUUAAUUUGGCAACUGUGAACUCCUGUAUAAACCCUAUAAUUCUGUAUUUGGUGAGCAAGAAAUUUAAAAAUUGUUUCAAAUCCUGUCUCUGUUGCUGGCGCUAUUCGGGGAAUCUGAUAAGCAGUAUGGUGCCUUUGAAUGGGACAAGCAUACAGUACAAAAACCAGGACCCGAACAACCACAACCCUGAUCGCAGCUUGCGCAAGGACAGCGAUAAUUGAAUGGAUCUGUCUGGAGCACACUCUUCAGCACAGAGUACCAGCAUGGCCGGCAACUGUGCUUGGAGAGAGGAUGGAAGUUUCUUCCUUGGGCAGCUUAAAUGCACUCAGCUUUUAAUGAAAGCAAAAGAAGCCACACAACAAAGGACACAUUGACUCUGUUAUUGUGGCACCUAAUAAAUCCAGCAAUUUCAGGAUCUGACAUCAUUUGCAGGUCAAUUUGUUACAAGGCUACAGCUGUUUGGAGAACAAGGAGCAGCUGUGGAUUGUAAUGUACACUUUAAUAUAUGAAGUAAUACAAACAAAUAUAUUUUCAAUAUGGGGUUAAAACAAAACUGAAAGCCUGUAACACUGUUUGUCAAUUCAGAAAAACAAAGUCAGACACAUCUUACAGCUGUCUUACUCGGUUGAGUAUUGUAGCUGAGGUGUAUCUGGGUUGCUCAUAUCAAUCAUGGGAUGUUACAUUCCUUCACCCCACAAAAUGGAUGGCAGAAUGCCAUAAUGGAGGAAAAGGAGCAAUGGACUGAUCACCUAGCUGAGGUGCAUCACAGCUGAUUUCUGAAAACCAAGUCAUUUCUUUUGCAAGGGAAAAUCACUAUAAAACCUACACUUGUAUCAGAUGUUCCUGGAUACAUACAUUCUUUAAUGACUGAAAAGAGUGUUUGGUGGCUAAUAACUCGCGUAUCUUGCAUGUUAAUGAAAGCAUUUUCUGGAGGCAAAUCAGGAGUAUCAUACCAAAAAUAGUAUUAAUAGUGUUUUAAAAUUGUAAAUGCUUUGCUGAAAACAUACAUUUUAUGCGGAUAAUCCAGUAUAUCAUUUGUCUGUGCUCAAACAUAUCUAUAUAUUGUACCUUUGUCCCUCACAGAAAGCAAAGGAGAAACAAGACACUGUUUAUUACACCCUUUGAACGAAAAGGUGGCAUAUUUCACCUUGAUAAUCCCAAAAACCCAUUUCUAUGUUUGAUAAUUAAGUCCCCUUUAUCUACAGUAUACUGAAAGAAACUCUGCUAUCCUGGUACUGAUUUCUUUAUCUAUACUAGGAAAGUUUCCUUUUCUGUGUCCUAGUAUUUUACCAGAAAGUACAUAAUAGGACAAAUGUAUUGUCCAUUAUGAAAGCAGAUGGAUGAGGUUUGUGUUUUAUGAAACCUUAAAAACUGAAUACCACUUUCCAUAAGAAGAUCACAACUGAAUUUGUAUUUUAUAUUACUCUAAAUUGCCCUUAAAAUGCCUCAUUUAGUAUGUGGCAACAAACAGAAAUAAAAUGAACACGAAUAACAGCACGUGGAAUCUCUGUUGCCAUUCCUAAAGCAGGAUGUCACUAUUGAGCUUUUUCAUAUCCAUGUGGAAUCAUCUAUUCGCUCAUAUCACGAUGAGUGAAAGUGCUAGAAAUUGUUAAAAAAGUGAAAAAAUGCAAUUACUGUAUGAGGGAAAACAUUUUUAUGUUUACUUAUUUGUGUUUAAACCAGUUUUUAUUUUAUUGUGUUAUAAGCUUUUUACUGUCUGCUAGUUGAAACUGGUGGAAACAAGGAUUCAGUCAUUUGACAUCAGUUUUAUGAAAUCAUUGGUUAAAUAAAUAUAGAGAGAUUACAUCUGUGCAUGCAUGUUUGAAGGUAAACUUUCUGCCAUGAUCAUUAAUUAAAUCAAAAUUGCCUUAACACUUAUUGAAUGGAAUGAAAGGCAUUAUAUAGCGGAGUAUUUUUGCUAGAAGAUUCAGAAAAUAAAGAGAUCAGUUUACUCCAAAGUGUUUAUUUUCUCAGGAUUACCAACAGCAGCAUACCUUAAAUCUGAACCUUAGAAAUGCUUGAGGAUACAGUAUGUUUCAUCAAGUUGGUUACUUUGAUAUUUUGUGCUUUAAAACAUGUUUUUGACACUUUAGUAAAGCAAUGAUAUAAUUUCCUCACUAAAAGAAAAAAUUCAAAUGUAAAUGUAAAGUUAUGCUUUGUUCAUGUUUGUUCAUUUUCCAUAUUAAAGUGCUGAUGAUUUCAUAAUAAGAUUUUAUUAGUUAAAACAGAUAUGACAUAUUAAUUGUAUGGUAAAGUGUAUUAUAUCUGUCUAUCUAAAGACAUUUAGGAAAUAAAUAUUUUCAGUUUUCUAAAAAUA